AUGAAGUCAUAUUUGGUAGUUGGAGGAUGUGGAUUUCUUGGUAGAUAUAUUGUUGAAGCAUUAUUAGCAAGAGGUGAAAAGAAAGUUCAUAUCUUUGAUAUUAGAAAGUCGUUUGAAGAUGAUCGUGUCACAUUCCACAUUGGUGAUAUUAGAAAGUUGGAGGAUUUGGAGCGUGCUUGCAAGGGUAUCGAUACUGUCUUUCACACCGCUUCACCAACUCAUGGUAUGGGAUACGACCUCUACUACUCUGUCAAUGUAACCGGUACAGAGAUGCUUGUCAAAGCCUGUCAGAAUAGUGGUGUUGCUCAACUAGUCUACACAUCGUCGUCUAGUGUCGUCUUUAACGGUGCCGAUAUCGUCAAUGGUGAUGAAACACUCCCAUACGUAGGUCAACACUUGGACCCAUACAACAAGACAAAGGAAUUGGGUGAACGUGCCGUCCUCGAUGUUGCCACCAACGAUCCAAACUCUAAAUUGGCUGUUUGUGCUAUUCGUCCAGCCGGUAUCUUUGGUCCAAGAGAUGUUCAAGGUUGGCCACAAUUCUUAAUUGCUGCUAAAGAAGGAAAGAACAAAUUUAUGUUUGGAACUGGUAAGAAUCUUUGUGAUUGGACUUAUAUUGAUAAUGUUGUUCAUGGACAUUUGUUGGCAGCUGACAAGAUGGUACCGGGUAGUAAGAUUAACGGACAAGCCUAUUUCAUUACCAACGAUGAACCAAUUCCAUUCUGGAAUAUGCCAAUCUAUGCCUACGAGGCAUUUGGAUAUGAAAAGCCAAAGUUCAAGAUCCCAUUCGCCGUCAUGUACUACAUUGCAUUGCUCAUUGAUUUCUUUGUCGCUCUCUUGAAGCCAAUCAAGACUAUUCACCCAACCAUCACUCUCUUCCGUAUGGUUUACACCAAUGCCACUCGUUACUUUAAUAUCAACAAGGCUAAACGUGAUCUUGGCUACAAACCAAUCGUUUCAGUUCAAGAAGGUAUGGAUAGAACUAGAGAUUGGUUCAAGAUCAAUUAUUCUCAAUUUAUCAAUAAGAAGUAA